AUGAGCGCUAUCGACGCAGAGGGACACCUCCACCAGUCAGUGGCUAACGCCGAGAUGGUAUUUCCAGUCGAAACUGCUUUGAUUGUGGAGGAUUGGGACACACGGCGCGACAAUGCCCAAGCGGUCAAUGGCAGAGGAACAGAGUUCGCCGAAACCCUGCUCGCACUUAACAACCCGGAUCUCGUCCCCGUGCGCUAUCUUUCCGACUCGGCGGCCUCCGACAACACUAACCUAGCACCGGUCGAUCUCAACACGCUGCUGACAAACUUGGAAGCCGAACACGGCGGCCAAAUGACGGAAGAAGACAUCAACCUCUGCCGUGACUACCGUGACGGCCGCCGGGUAAUCGAGCGAUAUCUCCAGGACUCUGACCAGGUCCUACAGAUGACGGAAGAGGACAAGGAGGAGUACCUGUUGUCGAGAGGUUCGUCUCCGUAA